AUGGACGAUCAGUGCCCGUUGCCAUACGUGGACUUCGCAAAAUUCUGUCAAUAUCAAUCGGACUUGCUUAUGCAAGAGACAGAUACGUUCUUUGAAAAUCACAACCUGAGGCUGAAGAAGUACGUCCUGCCAGUGACAUUGCCGGAAUGGGCCAAGUCAUUCGGAGACGUACUGGACAAAGGAGAAGAGUACGACCCUCUGACGACAAUAUACAGACAUAGACACUUCCUUAAGUGCAGAAUAUUGCACAACUAUUCAUAUAUAGGAGUAAUUACAAAACCUUCAGAAACUAAAUGGAAUAGAAGCACGGACAUAAGAAAUAAGAAUAUACCGUUUGACCUGAGACCACUGACUUCGGAGAUACUGAAUCAGCUGGACAUCAUAAACGAGGACAUGCUGGACCCGGAGUUCUCAGGACUGCUGGUGACGCUUAACACAGCGCCCAGCGACGCAGGGACCGAGAACAAGAUGAGUAAGAUAAUAGCAGGAGCACUUGUGGAGUGCCUGGUGACGAACGAAAGGUGCAUCAAGUCGAUAUGGCUGCACCCGUCGAUGACGAAGCACUCGAGCAGAAUACUGCUGCAGUCAUUCCUGCCGAGGCUGAUGUAUGAAAUAUUCAUGCUGCCCUCAGUGGUGACGGAAAACGGAGUGAGUGAGUACAACAAGUUCACAUACUGUAUGCACAAUGACCUGGACCUGUUCCCAAGGCAGUGCUGGCUGCUGCUAGCAAGUAACAGGAAAAUGUCCCUGCCGAGACACUACGAGCCGUCGACCUUCGAAGAACACCCAGUGCAGCUGGAGUACGGAGACUGCCACACGGACGAAGUAGGGUACCUGUACUCACACGCAAGUAACCCGAGUGAGAUGAUGGAAAGGCUGCUCUCAAGGUCAGAUUACACAAGCGACGAAGAGGACGAAAUAUCCCUGAGCAAGAGAGACUUGAUAAAGCUUAACGGAAGGGAAGCGAAGAAGGAGUCAGAGGAAGGAAGAGAAGAAGAAAGUGAAAUCACGAGCGCAAGCUCAAGCGCAGACGAAUCAAGCGCAAAGGAUGAACUUUACGAGGAAAAGCCUCAGUACAUUAGGCCGGAAAAGAGAGAAAAAAACGAUAAAUCAAAAAGACCGCGAAGAAGCUGCGCAGUAAACGCAUACUCGAGUACAAGUACAAGUAACGCAAAGAGCCCAAACAGGGAAAGCAAUGGCAGCAGUAGCAGUAAACAGAGUAUCAAAAGCAAGGAAACUAAACAAACUAACACAGGUAAGGAAAAAAGCACCAGUAUUAAACACGAUAACGUAGGUAAGGAAAAAAGUACCAGUAUUAAACACGAUAACGUAGGUAAGGAAAAAAGUACCAGUAUUAAACACGAUAACGUAGGUAAGGAAAAAAGUACCAGUAUUAAACACGAUAACGUAGGUAGGGAAAAAAGUACCAGUAUUAAACACGAUAACGUAGGUAAGGAAAAAAGUACCAGUAUUAAACACGAUAACGUAGGUAGGGAAAAAAGUACCAGUAUUAAACACGAUAACGUAGGUAGGGAACGCAGUAGUAGCAAAGAGAGUAGCACCAGCAAGGAAAGCAGUACCAAGGAAAGCACAAGUAGUACUCCCACAGGCAGUAAGAAAGGAGCAAGGAAGAGCAGCAGGCUUAACACGCAGAACACGCAGACGUCGCAGAGUAAGAAGCAGAAAAGAGGAGAAAAGGAAGAACAGGCAGGAGGAGAGAAGAGCGACAAGGUAGAGAAGAGCGAUAAAAGCGAUAAGAGCAAGAAGAACCCAAGCAGUCAGAAUUCUCAGAGCACUGGAACGAAAGAAGCACCAGAAGCAGUGUCAAACGAAGAAGAAGGAGCAACGGAGACGAAGAGAGAUUUCGAAAAGCUGGACAGAGUGACGAAGAUGAUGAGCAACGACGCAUUCAGACAGCUGAGAAACCUCUUCACGCAGGUGGGCUCAAUCAACAGCACGCGAGACGUCUCGUGCUCAUGCAGAAGAGAAAAGCUGAAAAAGAGCGUCGACGACCAGGCGUGGCUGGACAGACUGGUGGGAUGCACGGAAAACUACAUGUACCUCAUGCUGCCGAAGCGCCAGGAAAGAGCGAGGCUGGGCCUGCUGGUGCGCGACGGCUGGAGAGACCUCGUGGUCCCGAGCCUGGACCCGAUCCUGAUGCACGACAUCAACAACAUCCUCCCGGAACACGCGAGGAGCGACCUGCAGCCGCCGAAGAACCAGAACACGGUCAACUACAACGCGGACGUCGAGGAGUGGUGCCGCCUGAAGAGGGAGGACCUCAUAGACGUGACGAGCGACACCGAGGUGUACAUGAGGCUCCCGGAAAACGCGGAGCAGUAG